UACGCAUGACAUCGUAAACGCGCACUUGACAAUUCUUCAAUACUGUGUUAUGAAGAAAUUUCGUUUCAUACCUCAACACAUUCAAAUAAACUUAAGAAUUCACCAUGAAUAAAAAAACAUCUGAGUAAUCAAUAAAGAGGGUGAACUAUAACGAGCAAUACAUCGCACCAUAAUAAGAUAAGAGUACACCACAAUCAUUACAUAUAAGUUACAAUUCAUAAUGUCGAGUGAGAAUAUUUCGAUGAAACAACCAAUUCGCUGGCUACAAAUACCCAUCAGCAAAUUCAACGAUGUUGCAAUACCACAUCACUUGGAUCUCUUGCGAAGACAUAAAGAUAAUCUCAAGAAAUACGAGAGACUCAGGGAUUGGGAUAAGAUACAAAAGGAACAGAUCAAUGCAUCUAGAUUAGUUAAACAAUUGGAACAACUAUUGUAUGAAAUGGAUACCUUGAGGGGCCAAGUCGAGGACAGAGACAUUGAUAAAUUCGACAAACUAACAGCCAAGGCCAGAGCAAGCACGAUCAAUGCUAUUCAAGAGUAUUUAGACAUGAAGUUCGAACCUCCUCCGAAAGUCCCCGCACAGGACGAUAAUUCAGAGGACUCGGGACUUCAUGGUGACAAGGCCUUUCUCAACCUUCAGACUGAGAUAGAAGACUUGAGGAGACAGGAAGCCUGUCUUCAUGCGUGGAAUUCACUCCAAGGUGAAUUACAACAAUUGCAUCAACUUUUCGUAGACUUCAAUAAAUUAAUUCACGACCAACGAGAGCGUGUCGAUACUAUAGAAGAUAAUAUCGUCGAAACGGAGGAUAACGUUACGGGUGGAGCAAAAUUUCUUCAGAGAGCUGCUAAAUUCAAAGUUGCUACCUACCCAAUUGCUGGGGCAUUGAUUGGUUCAUGUAUUGGUGGGCCUAUUGGAUUAAUGGCUGGGCUAAAGCUCGGGGGCCUUACUGCUAUUGGAGGUGGACUAUUAGGAUUUACUGGAGCCACGAUUAUAAAGAAAAAGCACUUAGAGAGUCUCAAAAGAAAUGAAAACCUCACUGAACUGAAACCCACAGGAGCACACAAAGGCCUCACCCUCUUGGAGACUAACUCAGAAUCAACGAAAAAAAUUUUGUGACAUUCAGGGAAACCGCAACAGCACGACUCGAAAUUGUGUGGAAUUCUUUAACCUGCUUUAAAAAUUGUUCAUGCGUUUUCAUUGUUUUCAAUGAAUGAACAAUCAAGUGUGUUUAGUCACUAAACAAGUCUGGAAUUAUCAACAUUUCUCCGAUUGACUUCAUAAUAUUUUAAUACGGAUUGUACACUAUGAUUUUGCGAAACUUGAAAAAUAAAAAGUUUAAUAUGAA